AUGGGAGGGAGAGCACGUGUUAUGAGAAAUAAAGAUAAUCACUCCGAAAAUAUCACAAAGAAUUACCUCUGGCGAAAUGGAAUUAGAAAAGGUGCCCUCCGCAGCGACGCAGAAAGCUACGUGUUUCCAUGGUUACGGGACGCUGCAGUAUCCACUCUGCCCGCCCUCCGCUCCGCCGCAUGUGCACAAUACGAAGGUAUGACGACGCAGGACCGAGCAAAUAUCUUCACCGAUGAUGACGAGGAUUUGCGGCCUCGGCAACAAAGCAUUGGAGGUGUUCUCAGGCGGGAAGGCAACUGGAAAUGCUUUAUGCUCACUCUUAUGAUAGCCGGAUGCCUUGGCUCCGUGGCUUGGUGCAACACGGCGGAGAUCGAUCGCGAGCUUAUCGACCUUAACACAUUUCCAAUAAAGCGGACUGUGCGAGAGUCUCCAUGCGACGUGGGCUAUGCGUAUAUACCCAUUGCAUUCGUUCUCCUGCUGUACUUAGUAUAUUUGGUCGAAUGUUACCAUAGUACCGCUAGAAUUCAAUUAGCAAGAAGGGUGGACGUUACAGCGGUUAGUGCAAGAGUGCACGCAAUGAGGAGCGCUACGCCCAGAGUAUGGUGGAAGGCGAUUUGCUACCAUUACGUGCGACGUAAGAGACAAGUUACGCGAUACCGAAACGGAGACGCCUACACCACAACACAGGUAUAUUACGAACGGGUUAACACCCACAGUGCCAGUACGUCCUUCGCCCACGCCUGUUGCGGCCAGCGGGACGCCUCCAGAAAUUUAGUGCUCGACUCUAGAACACCCAUAACUAAAGUCAGAUUUAGUAAGGGAUUUGCUUUCGCUAACAUCGAGGCUGCUAGUGAAUUUGAAGACCAAAGAUCCAGAUUCUUUGCGGAGCACGAACGUUUCGACGACUUCAUGGAAAUGCGAGAAGGUCUCGACCUCAUCGGAGUCAGUUCCUUUAAAGAAUAUAUGGUAGCGUACAGAGAAGCUGAUCGGUGCCCUUGGUAUUCAUCACAAAUAUUAUUUUGGACGCUCUCCUGUUUACUUCUUUCUUGGCCACUUCGUAUUGUAAUAGAAUGUAACACAGCAUACGUGCAUUACACGAUAACUAAAAUAUUUGGCACAAAUUAUGAAUUGGAUCCGAGCCGGCAACUCGACCUUGACACCCACUUGUCGGAUACUCUGCCGCCUGUCACUGCCAAUAAUUACGCUUGGGCUCUCGCCGAUGAGCAGAGUGCUGUUCUGUGUUCAGCCCCCCGUCCUCCGCGCACUCUUCCUCUGUCUCACGCGUCCACUGUAGAUAGCCUUGAAUUGUUCGCCGCAAUCCGAGGAAACUGCGCUCUAGUUCCAUCCUAUUCAGAAGCAAUGCGAAUCGACGCCGCCCUUAGGGAAGAUCCGGCCGAAAACACCCCCAGCAGUGGAGUGUUGAUCGACAUCGAUUCGGAACAGAGGCAGAACAGGACGACGAUAAAAGCAGCGUCAUUCGAUGAGCCCCCACACAGGCCAAAAGUUGCAAUAGCAAGCACACAUUCUAGUAGUAAUAUUGCCGGAAAUGCUAGAUCGUAUGACAUUAAGCAACAGAAUAGACGGUCUUGGGCUGGUGUUCUAACAACAGCUAGAAGUGCAAGACAAAUAUUAGAGGACCUCACAAACAACGCUCCAGCUAAUUACCAACUAAUGUCAGAACAGCAAGUUAGAAGGAACGGAGAGAACACCCUGUACUAUUCUAGAGAGCUAUCGCCCACUUGCUCCAGAGAUCCAUUUGGGGGUCGAGCCCAAACGACACCUACUGACGAACCCCCACCUUACGAAGAAGCAUUGAAAUUACCCGCUUUGCGAAGAAUUACCAGAUCCAUUACUGGUACCGAUCUAGCUGGGCCCAGAAGGGCAUUUUUGAGAGACGUCAUUGCAAAUAGAAGAUCCUGUUUGGAUGGUGUAGGAGUUCUGUCCGGGACCAGAGUGGUAAGGUUGCCUCAUUGUGAGUCUGGUGAGGAAACACCACUA